UCCCACCCAACCAGCGGAGAAGAAAAGAGCAGGUGAGAGGAUGUUCGGAUGCUGCUUGCGUUACUAAACCGAUGAUAUUCAGCAAACAGAUACCUCAUGCACGGCGAAACGGGAGGUUACUGGCGACAGGUAGCGAGAGCACGUCGUGACAGUUGGGUUUAUGCACGGUGGUCACUUUCCGGACUGUUUUAUUCUUCAUAGACAGCAGGCGUCGAGAGAGGGCAGUAAGUCAGUGUUGGAGGUCUGUCCUGACUGAAGAGGAGACCCACUACACACACAUCACAUCAUCAGCUUUUAAAUACACACACAUUCAUCAUAAUGGGAGGUGUAUGAUGACUGAAGCUGCAGGGCUAUGGCCAGCGAACCCCUCGAAGGCUUCCAUGAGGUCAACUUGGCGUCACCCACCACCCCUGACCUCCACGGAUUGACCUCCGACACCAGACCCCAAUGUCACAGCGCCCCUUCCAGCGCUCUGUACCGUACACCCUCCCUCAGCUCCAGCCCCUGCCCCCCCAACGCCCUGCGAGCCGACCAGCUGCCCACCCAGCCCAUCUACUCUGCCCCUAGGCUACUGGGCAGCACAGAACCCCACAAUGGAAGCGUUCCGGGGUUGGAACCCCCCGUCCGGUCAGAGGCGGAGUCAGCAGAGGGGGUAUUCCUGGCUGGAGAGGAAGGGGAGGAGUCUCUGAGUCUGACCAAUGACAGCCUGUCCCGCCUCCGCAGCCCCUCAGUCAUGGAGAUCAGAGAGAAAGCCAAUGAGAGACUGAAGGAGGAGCUAGCCAAGGCACAGAGGGAUGUUAAGUUGAAAGACGAGGAGUGUGAAAGGCUUUCUAAAGUCAGGGACCAACUGGGCCAGGAAUUGGAGGAGCUCACUGCUAGCCUGUUUGAGGAAGCUCACAAGAUGGUGCGUGAGGCCAACAUCAAACAGUCGAUGGCUGAGAAGCAGCUGAAGGAAGCUCUGAACAAGAUUGAUGUGCUCCAGGCAGAGGUGUCGGCCCUGAAGACCUUGGUUCUGUCCACGUCACCCACUUCCCCCUGUCACGACCUUCCUGGGGGCUCCAAGGCUCCCUUCAAGAAGGGUCACGGCCGCAACAAGAGUACCAGCAGCGCCAUGCUGGGCAGCGGGCAGGAACUGAGCGGCACACAGCCCAUCGUACGAGACUGCAGAGAGCUGGACAGUCUCCUGUUUAGUGAGUUUAAGUUGUGGAAGGAGGAGCCCAGUCUGGAGAGGAACAGCUCCUUCCUGGAGAGAGUCUACAGAGAGGACAUCUACCCCUGUCUCACCUUCUCCAAGAGUGAGCUGGGGUCGGCCAUCUUGGAGGCAGUGGAGAGGAACACGCUCAGUGUGGAGCCGGUGGGCUUCCAGACGCUGCCUGUCGUCAAGGCCUCUGCUGUGGAGUGUGGAGGACCAAAAAAGUGUGCCCUUAGUGGCCAGACCAAAACCUGCAAGCACAGAAUCAAGUUUGGUGAUUCCAGCAACUAUUACUACGUGUCUCCUUUCUGUCGUUAUCGGAUCACGUCAGUUUGUAACUUCUUUACCUACAUCCGCUACAUCCACCAAGGGCUGGUCAAGCUGCAGGACGCAGAACAGAUGUUCUGGGAAGUGAUGCAGUUGAGGAAAGAGAUGAGUUUUGCUAAGCUGGGCUACUACAAGGAGGAACUGUGACCAACCAAUCACGAUACAGAACAGAGGGAUGCGUGUCUGAAUCUCAACCUAUCAUCAGAUGCACUCCCGUGAUGGACAGGAUAGCUCUCCAUUGAUCCUACCCUCCUGGCUCUCAGGAGGAAGAAGGACCGCCCCCAACGCUCCUCAUCGCCACCCCCUUCCAAUCUCUCAUCCAAUCACGUGUCAUUUCAGGAGAGUCCUCCCAUCCUCUGUCUUCAAUACCUACAAGUAUAUGACUUAAAAUGCAUGCCCCUUACAUCCUGGUCUACCAAUAACAGUGAGUAGUUAAUCAGGGUGUAAGGGGAUUGGUAGUUCAGACUGACUGGUCUACCAAUAACAGUGAGUAGUUAUUCAGGAAGGGGAUUGGUAGUUCAGACUGACUGGUCUACCAAUAACAGUGACUAGUUAUUCAGGAAGGGGAUUGGUAGUUCAGACUGACUGAUCUACCAAUAACAGUGAGUAGUUAUUCAGGACGGGGAUUGGUAGUUCAGACUGACUGGUCUACCAAUAACAGUGAGUAGUUAUUCAGGAAGGGGAUUGGUAGUUCAGACUGACUGGUCUACCAAUAACAGUGAGUAGUUAUUCAGGAAGGGGAUUGGUAGUUCAGACUGACUGGUCUACCAAUAACAGUGAGUAGUUAUUCAGGAAGGGGAUUGGUAGUUCAGACUGACUGGUCUACCAAUAACAGUGAGUAGUUAUUCAGGAAGGGGAUUGGUAGUUCAGACUGACUGGUCUACCAAUAACAGCGAGUAGUUAUUCAGGAAGGGGAUUGGUAGUUCAGACUGACUGGUCUACCAAUAACAGUGAGUAGUUAUUCAGGAAGGGGAUUGGUAGUUCAGACUGACUGGUCUACCAAUAACAGUGAGUAGUUAUUCAGGAAGGGGAUUGGUAGUUCAGACUGACUGGUCUACCAAUAACAGUGAGUAGUUAUUCAGGAAGGGGAUUGGUAGUUCAGACUGACUGGUCUACCAAUAACAGUGAGUAGUUAUUCAGGGUGUAAGGGGAUUGGUAGUUCAGACUGACUGGUCUACCAGUAACAGUGAGUAGUUAUUCAGGAAGGGGAUUGGUAGUUCAGUCUGACUGGUCUACCAAUAACAGUGACUAGUUAUUCAGGGUGUAAGGGGAUUGGUAGUUCAGACUGACUGGUCUACCAAUAACAGUGAGUAGUUAUUCAGGGUGUAAGGGGAUUGGUAGUUCAGACUGACUGGUCUACCAAUAACAGUGAGUAGUUAUUCAGGGUGUAAGGGGAUUGGUCGUUCAGUCAGUCUGUCUGGAACAUGAUCAUUGCUUGUCAUUCUGAUUGGUCUGCUAGAAUGCAUAUUGGAACAGAGAGGAAUUGCUCUAAACCCAACGGCUGCUUCCCAAAUGGCACCCUGUUCACUGUAGUGCACGACUUGUGGCCCCUAUGAGCACUGGUCAAAAGUGGUGCGCUAAAUAUGGAAUAGGGUGCCAUUUGGGACACAGGACAAGUGUAAAUCGAGGCGCUCCGUCCAUCCAGCCAUCUGUGGUUAUUCUAUCCAUCUAUCUCCAGUCCGUAUUUAAAACCAGAGGACAGUAACUAUGGUGACGACCACACUGCUGUAUGUAACUUGACUCCGUUAUUAUGUGUAAGAAAUGCUGAAUGAGCUCUUCUGUCCACACUACAAGGCUGAGUCACAAAUGGCACCCUAUGCCCUAUAUAGUUAACUACUGUAGUAGUGCAGUAUGCACAGCAGGGGUUCCCAAACGUGUUUUAUUAUUUUUUUUAUUGAGAUUGCCUUUGUUAAAUAUUUGUUUCAUUUGAGGGACCUAGGAAAAUGUCUCAUGACUUAUUUUAGGAAGGCAAUUUAUUUAGUUUAUUUUGUGUUUUUUUAUUUAACCUUUUAUUUAACUUGGCAAGUCAGUUAAGAACUACUUCUUAUUUACAGUGACGGCCUACCAAGGCCAAACCCCCUAACCCUGACGACGCGGGGCCAGUUGUGCUCCACCCUAUGGGACUCCCAAUCACGUCUGGUUGUGAUACAGCCUGGAUUCGAACCAUGGUCUGUAGUGACUCCUCUAGCACUGAGAUGCAGCUGCGCCACUCAGGAGCCCCCAUGAUGAUGAUGAUGAUGAAGAUGAUAAUAACAAUAGAAAUAAAUAGUCUAGACCUGAUUUCCCCAAAUGUUUUCCGCUACCAAAUGUUUUAUUACGAUAAUUUAUAUGAACCUUCAAUUUAAUUACACAUAUUCUAUUUUACAGGAAGUGAUUUGAUCAAUUGAUAGCGACGGACACAUUGUAUAAGAUUACUCCGCAAGCGAAGUCCAAUUUCUUUUGACUCCUCGACUUCAGAAGGUCGUAAGCUCAGCUUCUCAACGUCAUAGAGACAAAGCAAAUUCCCCAUGUGCAUCAGAGUCGCGUCUUCCUCUUUGUCAUUUUACUACUUGUUUCUAGCCUAAUGCAUUGCGGAGUGACGCUUCGUUUUAGAUCGGGAGGUCCCGUGCCCUCCCGUGACACUUCGUUUUAGAUCGGGACGUCCCGUGCCCUCCCGUGACGUCCCGUGCCCUCCCGUGACACUUCGUUUUAGAUCGGGAGGUCCCGUGCCCUCCCGUGACACUUCGACGCCCCGUAUGUAUAGGUGCCAUUUGGGAGCAGAACAUGAGGAGGAGGAUUCUGUUGGGUUCUGUCCAAUACAAGGGACUUUAGAAGAAUCUGGACAAAUGUUUUGAAGGUUUUAGAAAACACAUCGAUGAUGAUGAUGAUGAAGAACAUUCUCUCUGGCUUUUUAGUUCUUUGCCAACCCUUUAGUUAGGAUUAUGUAGCUGUGUCGUCACGUGUGGUGUGUGUGUGUGUACGUGUGGUGUGUGUGUGGUCUGUGAACGUUCCAAUCUAUAUACCCUUUCCUGGUUUUCCAUCCUUCCAUCCCUCCAAGUCCUCUGUUAACAUUCCAACUCCAAGCUUUCCUCAAUUUAUUUUAGUGCCUUUCUGGAACACACUGAAUAAAAAAUGGUAUACCACUGGAA